CUGACCACGGCAAGCGCCAACUCGACCUCGGGCAAGUACUCCUUGCUCAGUACUCACUUGGCUCCUGGUACUACAUAGUUGAUCCACAAGAUUGCGGAGACCUAACGCUUGAAAUCUAUCUCGUCAUUCUCUCCGGACAUGACUUCAGAAGUUGCGGGAACGAAGCGCAAAGUCAAGCCCUCCAAACUGACGGCGCGCAAGAAGGCGAAGACGACCCAUCUUUCCGUCGACCAGCUGCCAUGGAAGGCGGUCGCGCGGCCGAGAGAAGCGAACGGUGCAGGAGACUUUGAUGGGAUGCUUGAACUCGAGGAGGUGUCUGACGUGGAGGUCGUGUAUGAGGAGACGGCAGGGGGCAAAAUCGUGAAGUUCAAGGUGGCAGGAGAAUCAGUCACGAAUGAAGUCAAGUCUGUCAUUGAAGUGGAUCCAGACGUGUCUGCAGCCGAAGAACCAGUUGCAGAGUCCUCCACAUCUCCUAUGCGAAAUGCUUCGAUUGCACAAGAGCCAAUAGUCAUCGAAGAGGAAGUGCCUUUCGAUGCCGAGACCAUGCUUCCCGAAUGGUCUCGUUUCUCCCUCCACCAGCAACUCGCAAAGGCCCUAUAUGCGCAACAUUUCAUCCGCCCAACACCCAUCCAAGGAGACGCGCUUCCUCUCGCACUAUCAGGCAGAGAUGUAGUCGGUGUUGCAGAGACAGGUUCCGGCAAAACCCUCGCGUACGGCCUCCCCAUCCUCGACCAUCUCCUCAAACACGCGGCUGCCCCUGGAGCACCAACGAAGGGACGUAGACCAGUCUGUGCCCUCGUCCUCACACCCACCCGCGAACUCGCGCUCCAAGUCUCCUCCCACCUCAACGCGUGCCUGAACCCCGUCAACGUCUCGUCCGCCGAGGUCAAGGAAGAGGAGCAUGAACAAGAACUUCCUGCUGCAGACGUGAAGGGAAAGAAGGCGAAGGCCGUGAAGCAGAAGGGCAAGGGCAAGGAGAAGACGAACCCUACCAGUGAGGAGCCGAAGAAGCAGAAUGGUCCGCCGCCGGUAAGCGUUGCUGCGAUCGUCGGGGGGAUGUCCGCCCAGAAACAGCGCCGCAUACUCUCGCGCGGCGUUGACGUGCUCGUCGCGACGCCCGGUCGGUUGUGGGACAUCAUCCAGGAGGACGACGAGUUGGCUGGCCAGCUAGAAAAACUCCGGUUCCUCGUCCUAGACGAGGCAGACCGGAUGAUCGAGACGGGGCACUUCGCCGAGAUGGAGAACAUCCUCCGGUUAACGCUCCGGCAGAGACAGGGUGACGAGAUCGAGCCGGAGUCUGCGUCGGGGCUGCCCGACGAUGCCGAUGCCGAGGAGGCGGAGGACAGCAAGGCGGGAGUGAAGGAGGACGAGAUGCAGACGUUCGUGUUCAGUGCGACGCUCAGCAAGGAGCUCCAGCAGAAUCUCAAGAAACCCUCGAGGGGGCAUCGAAACAAGAAGGGGAAGCCCGCGUCUACCCUCGAUGAUCUCUUGAUGAGGCUCGACUUCCGCGAUGCGACACCCGCGGUGAUAGACAUCGCGCCGGAGGGCGGCGUCGUCGCGACACUGCAGGAGAGCAAGGUUGAGUGCCUCGUCACCGACAAGGACGCAUAUCUCUACUACUUCCUCCUACGCUACCCUGGCCGAACACUCGUCUUCCUCUCCUCCAUCGACGGCAUCCGACGUCUUUCUCCCAUCAUGUCCCUCCUGGACAUCCCCGCCUUCCCUCUCCACUCCCAGCUCGAGCAGCGGCAACGGCUCAAGAACCUCGAUCGCUUCAGGUCAUCACCGCGCGGUGUACUGCUUGCAACUGAUGUCGCUGCGCGCGGGCUGGACGUCCCCGCCGUCGACCACGUCGUGCACUACCAGGUGCCGCGCACCGCGGAUGCGUAUGUGCACCGUAACGGGCGCACGGCGCGUGCCGCACGCAAGGGGUUCAGUCUGCUCAUGAUCGCGCCGGACGAGCGGCGUGUCGUUCGUGCAAUGAUGAGCAGCCUCAAGAGGGAGGACGAGAUUCUGGAGAUGCCGGUGGAGCUGUACAUGCUGGACAAGAUGAAAGCGAGGGUCCAGCUUGCGCGCCAGAUCGACACGGCGCAGCACAGGGUCCGGAAGGCGAAGCACGAGAAGAACUGGUUGAAGGAGGCGGCGGAGGCGAUGGAGAUCGAGCUGGACUCUGAGCUCGAAGCAGAUGAAAAGGAAUACGCGCCAUCAAAAGCACAACGCAAGACCGCAGACGCGAAGGUGGCCGGUCUGAAAGCGGAGCUGCAGGGGCUGCUCGCGCAGCCGCUCGUCGCGCGGGGCGUGUCGACGCGGUACAUCACGUCUGGUGCCGUGUCCAUCGCAGAUGACAUGCUCGCGGGUAAUUUCCACGAGACGAUGGUCGGGCUGAAGAAGGUCGAGGCGGGGAGCGACCUCGUCGCCGCGAAGAGGCGUAAGACCAAGCCAAACGCUGCUGUGAAAAAGGAGGAGGAGUUUGAGGAAUGGGGCGGGAUUGCGGAGUAGAUCGCUCGUGCACGGAUGCUUGCAGGACCCCCGAAAAUCCCUAUAGAGGGGUAUGUCAGAA